AUGUCCGCGAUCUCGACCCUGACUGCUUACUGCGGCGACGCUGCGCUCUACAAGACGAUUAAAUCUGCCAAGACUUUCACCAAAAAGAACGAGCUCGCCAAGAGAUUGGAGAAUGAGCAAAUGCAGCACUGGCUGGAUACAGCAAAAACUCCCGACGACGUCUUUCGUGUGAUGAGCCUCGACAAGGUGAAGGAAAACAUCCUCACCAAUUCCGAAUUCGUCGCUUGGGUCAAAUAUGUGGACGACUUUAACGCAAAGUAUCCCGACAAGCCAGCGUCAACGUAUCUGAAUGUAGAAAAAACGACGAUGAUUGAUGGCCUCCGGACGAACUACUUCGAAAUCAGACUGCUGGAGAUACUUAACACGGCGAAGAAGGACCCAAGUACGGGGAAGCUGGCGACGAAGUUGCAGAAUGCUCUCGUCGACAAGUGGGUGGCUGAAAAGGAACCGCUGGUAGUCCUUAAAGACAGGUUUGCCUUUAUGCCAAGCGGCACUGAAAUGCUCAAGAAGUAUGCCGCUAAACUGAAUGCGCUGUCAGGAAACGCACCAUAA